UUAGAAAUCAGAGAACAAAGAUGGAACUUAACCUAGAGGAAGUCAAAAGAGAAGUGAUCAAGCCUGCUUCCGCUUCUGAUUCACCAACACCUCACAAUGACCAAAUUCAACUCUCCAUUGUCGACUUCUCAAAUCCAGAAAUUUACGUCUCUACAAUCUUCUUCUACAACAACACCAAUGAUCUCAACUCAGAGACCACCUCCCAGAAACUGAAAACAUCUCUGUCCCAAACUCUCUCACGUUUCUACCCUCUUGCUGGUCGCAUAGAUGGCAGCUCCAUUACCUGCAACGAUGAAGGAGCCGUCUUCACAGAGGCACGUACCGAUCUGCUUCUCUCUGAUUACCUCAAAACCCUAAACACUGAUGAAUCUUUCGAGAAACUCCUUCCAACAACUGCUCCAGGAGAAUCUCCAACAGCCUGGCCGUUGGUUAAUGUCAAGGUCAGUUCCUUUGGGUCAGGAUCAGGUGUAGCGGUCGCGGUCGGCAUCUCUCACCUGAUCUGUGAUGCGGCUUCACUUUUCACUUUUGUCUCGGACUGGGCCGCUACAACAAAAGGGAACUCUAAUGAUCUUACGGUGAGUAGUCCUCUCUUUGCAUCGACCACUAUCUACCCUCCUGCGAAGACCUCUUUUCAGGUCCCCAAAAUGGACGCUCUUACUGGUUCCAGUGAGAAGUGUGUGACGAAGAGGUUCGUCUUCGAAUCAUCUAAGAUCGCCGAGCUUAAAAGCAAGGCCGCUAGUGAAACUGUGGCGGUUCCUACACGUGUUGAAGCUAUUUCGGCAUUGAUAUGGAAAUGUGCCACAAAAGCAGCUUCAUCAAGAUGCAACUGGUCAUCCAUGAUAAAUCUAGCCAUGGACAUACGUCUUAGGACCUCUUCUGAUAUUUUGUCACAAGACGCUAUAGGAAAUCUACUAACGUCCUUUUUUCUCAAGAAAGAACCAGGGAGCGUUAUGGAGAUCGAUCAGAUCGUGGCUCAAUUCAGAAAGGCUAAAGAAGGAGUUAAUGAGAUGAUCAAAGAGAGUGCUACUACAGCCACGCUUGGACAGAACUUGAUGAAAAAGGGUUUUGAGUUCUUAUUGGCGUUAAGACCAGACACAAACUUAUAUGUUGUGACUAGUUGGUGUAGUAAACGUUUUUAUGAGGUUGACUUUGGAAUGGGUGUUCCCGUUUGGAUAGGACCUAGCAUUGCUAGUAUCCUUAAUAAUAAGUUGUGUGUCUUGUUGAUGGAUGCAAAGGAUGGGAAAAGUGUAGAAGCAUGGAUAGGCUUACCCGAACAAGACAUGGCUGUGUUCAUGCGUGAUGAAGAUUUGCUUGCUUAUGCCAGCCUAAAUCCGACCAUCCUCAUCUAAUUGAGGAUCGACCUAGUGACAUCUAGGUUUGGAGUCGAGGAAAAAUAAUAUCUUAAAAAAUAAAAAUAAAAAAAGUCUUGGGUUGAACAAAUGAGGACAAUCCCUUUUAUCUAUGUUUUAUUUACUUUAUGGAAUUUUAUGGGGCCGACGGCCUAUUUCCCCACCAGAACUAUCGUAUCGAGUCAGAUA